AUGCCGGAUGUUCCCAGCAAUGUUAUGGAGCAGUUCAGCAUGAAAGGGAAGACCUGCAUUGUCACAGGAGGAAGCCGUGGCAUCGGAUAUUCUGUUGCAGAAGCACUUGCCGAGAGUGGUGCGCAAGUUGUAAUUGUCUCCCGCUCCAAUGGACAGGAUGUGGUAGCGAAAGCCGACAGCUUGGCCGAGCGGUACGGAGUGAAGGCUAUAUUUUGUCGAUGCGAUGUCGCCGACCCGUCCCAGGUGCAAAAUCUGAUCUCGGAAGUGCGCAGAGAGUUUGGCAAAAUCGAUGUCUUCGUGGCCAACGCCGGAAUCUGCUACCCAGACUCCCUUCUCGACCAGUCCCUGGACCGGUAUCAUGAACAAAUGAACGUCAAUGUACAUGGGGUGGUGUACUGUGCGAAGUACGUCGGUGCCGUUUUCAAAGAACAAAGAUUUGGGAAUUUCAUUAUAACCGGGAGCAUGAGCGGACAGGUGGUCACUGUACCCGUGGAUCAUACCGCCUACAACACUACGAAAGCCGCGGUCACGCAUCUCGGGCGAAGUCUUGCUCGCGAGUGGCGCGACUUCGCCCGUGUCAAUAUCGUGGCUCCCGGCUGGAUUGAAACUGAUAUGAGUACCUGCGAAGCCUCCAUUAACGAAGCUAACCGUAUGGCCGUUUUAGGCCGGCAAGGCCAUGUCAAGGAGCUAAAAGCGGCGUACCUCUAUCUUGCGAGCAACGCCAGCUCCUUCGUUACGGGGACUGUACUGCAGGUUGACGGUGGCAUUACUCUACCUUGA